UACAACCACAAGUAUUGACGGGCCAUAAGAGCGAAGCGCGCAGUGCAGCUACACAAACCACAUCAUCUAUCGGAAUUGAUUCAGGUUUACUGCCGUUAAUUCACCAACGCAUAUUGUAACUCCGGUUUAAGAAAAAAAAAUGGUAGAUGCAGAUGGGUGAACAUAUUUCAAAAAAAAGAAACCCUCAAUGGUGGACCCGUGUAAGAUGGGAAACUGCUCAGUGCGUGAUUUCAGGAGAUGCAGUUGUCAACAGGAGACCCUCUCUUUCUGAGUGGAUAAAGGCAGCAGGUUUGUAGGAUGCGCUCCUUGAGGAAGACUGUGCUGUUAGCCCUCUUGGCCUCUGUGGUUCUGGUUGUGGCCCUCCUCCACUCUUGGCCCACCCGUACCUACAGCACUGUAGAUGUACGACAGAGGCCAGGGCCUAUAAUAGAGCGCCACCUGGAGGAAAGGCUACCAGAACUGGACCACAGAUCUGGAAACAUCCCCUAUCGCCUGAAGGAGAGCGUGGCAAGCUUGUUGGCACGUAACGGGUGUGUAUGCGAGGGCGAAAACGGGGGAGUAAACAUUCCCUUUGCCCAGCUGUUGUUUCCAAGGGUGUCGGCCCAUCCCCUGCACACCGCCUUCGAGGCCUCAGAGCUGGAGGAGAUGAAGAAACGGAGGGCAAAAGAGUACCAAGGAUUCCAGAUUAGAUCUCAGAGUCCUGCAAAUGCCAUCAUCCUGGCCGAGGCCAACAGUCCCCUCCAGUAUCCAACACAGGGGGUGGAGGUGCGGCCGCUCAAAACCAUUCUUAUUCCAGGUCUGGCAUUGCAAGACCUUUCUAGAGAAAUCUACUCAAUCAACUUCACUGUUUCACUGGGGACUCUGAAUGUUGCAGCAGAGGUGGACGGAGUCACCGUCAAAGGUGAUGGUGAGAUGCAUAUGAGCCUGUCCAGCAGUCUGAUACCUAACCUGAACCGCCAGCUGCAGUUUGUCACUUACACCAACACAUUGUUCCACCCCAGCACUGCAGACACAGUGCAGUUUGAGACAGAGGGACAUCAAGCCAUAUUCACCAUCAAGAUCCGCCAUGGAGUAACUCCCAAACUUUACAACACAGGACCCCAAGGGGAAUACAACAUCAGUGCCCUGGUGACCAUAGCAACCAAAACUUUCCUGCGCUACGACAAGCUUCAAGAUCUUAUCGACAGUGUGCGGCGAUACUAUCCAACUGUCACCAUAGUGAUUGCUGAUGACAGCGAAAAUCCCAAAACUGUAUCUGGGCCAUACAUUGAACAUUACAUCAUGCCCUUUGGAAAAGGCUGGUUUGCUGGAAGGAACCUGGCUGUGUCCCAGGUGACCACCAAAUAUGUGUUGUGGGUAGAUGAUGACUUCAUCUUCAGCUCCAACACCAAGCUGGAGAAACUAGUGGAUGUACUAGAGAGGACCACACUGGACGUGGUGGGUGGUGCUGUACGGGAGGCUACUGGCUACACUGCCACUUACAGGCAGACCAUCUCCAUAGAGCCAGGGGAGGAGGAGGGCGACUGCCUGCACAUGCGAAGGGGCUUCCACCAUGCUAUACAGGGCUUCCCCAACUGUGUUGUCACCGACGGUGUCAUCAACUUCUUCCUGGCCCGCACUGACAAGGUGCAGCAGGUUGGCUUUGACCCACGCCUGACCAGAGUUGCCCACCUAGAAUUCUUCAUUGACGGCCUUGGCUCACUUCAUGUUGGAUCCUGUGAUGAUGUCAUAGUCAACCACGCCACCAAGAUCAAGCUUCCCUGGGUUAGCCAAUCAGAGAGUGACAAGACGUAUGCCAAGUUCCGAUACCCCCCAGCCUCCUCAGAUGCCACUCACACUAAAAACGGUCUUCUCUUCUUUAAGAACCGUUUCCAGUGUUUGACUCGUAAUUAAAUCCCCCUCCUCAUCCCCUGAUCCUUGUUUUACCUUCUGUAUGUUCCUUCUCUUCCUGAGUUGCCAAAGAAGCUCUUUCCCCAUGUGUCCUGUCAGAUAAGGUUUAGGUCAAGCAGCUUUCAUGCCUCCCCUCAAUAAUGGCCUUGAUUAGCUCACUUGUGAGUGAGACUGUCAUACUGUAGUAAUACAAAAAAAAUCUUGAUUUUCUGUCAUUUGCAGUACUGCAUUACUCCUCAAAGUGUACUCUUGAUUGUAAACUCAAGGUCAUGAGGGGAUACCUGUGUUUCAUGCCUCAAGUCUCUAAGAAGAACAUUUAUUAUUGAGGCCAAGAACAAAGAAAAUCUGAAAAUGUUUUGAUGACAUUGUGGACAGAUGCUUUGGAAAAGGAAAUGAGUAACAACACUACUGUUUUGUUGCUGUUUGUUGUUGAGGAGAGCAGACACGUGUAUGUGUGUACUCUGCCCUUCCACUUGCACUAUACAAAAGACUAGGCUGGGUGCACUAAUAAAGGCCAGGCUGGAGCUAAUUGCGAAGGCUACAGGACUGUCAACUAGGAAUGGGAGGACUCUUCUUAGCAAUGAGACAAUCCUAAAGAGAACCCUUAUCCAAAACCACAUGAAGAACACAUUCAAGACUUUGUGGUUCCAAAUGGUUCCUACUCUCACUAGGCAGCAGAUCCUAAAGUUUUCCUGGUGGUGUGGGGUUAAAGUACACUUUGAAUUUAUGUAUUUACCUUUCUGCAAACCCCUUUUCCCAGAAUCCUUUGUGUUACAUCUGACUGGCACAUAUCUGAGGAGGAGGGCCGAGGUUCCCAACAGUGUGGAACCUAAUAUUGGAACAACCCUGUUUAUCCUAGUCAUCUGCUGUCUGUCUGAAUGUUUGCCUGGGCUUAUCCCUUCAAGUUUUAUACUAAAAACAAUGCCAAGAGCAAUGUGUCUGUCUGUGCACGCAUUUGAAUGGAUUUCUGAGAUUAAUUGCAUUUUUAUAUGUUGCUUACCAGAAGAGUUGGUUGACCAAAGUGCAUGUCUCUCUAAUUCUUCUUUAAAUUAAUGUAAAAAUAAAAAAAUAAUCUCAGAAUUGAUGGGAAUGACACAGUUUGGUGACUUAGCGAGACAUAGAGUCUGAGUGAUUACAGCAUGGAAGGAAAGGUUUGAAUGACACUUACUGAGGUAACACAGUCCAGUACCAAGGCUGCAAAACAUUUUGUACUAACAAACUAACAAAACCCAGGGUAAGGCCAUACGCUUGCCUAAAACUUGAUUUUGUGUUGUUCUUUUGUACCAUGGCCUCUAGAUAGAGCCCUUGUGUCAGAAUAUUGUUUCUUAAAUUCUAACUACUCAGUUUGUAACCAUCAAUUGUUAUUAGAAACCACAUGGGUUCACCACAGAGAGAUUCACAAGAGGAUUUUUAUGUUGUAAAUGUAUAUGUAUUAACUUAUAUUUUGUGCGAAGUUAAUGUAUGAUGUGAACAAUUUUUCUCCCACUGAAUUGUGAUACUGGGGCUAAAGCGUAACUCAAGAUGCAAGCAUUGAAGUCUGAUAUUUGCACAAGUAAUUCACUUUCAUCCAUACAGAAUUUGUCUACACUGUAUAAGUGUGCUGUUUUGUAGUAAUGGGCAACGAUUUAAGUCAAACUUCACCCCCUAGACCACUCUUGUUGAGGAGAUUUUAACUUCCAAUCUUAGUGUGUUGAUGAGGGGUUUUAUCGACCACCUGGUAUGAGUCUUCCAAAUGUCCAGAAGAAGACCUGUCUUCACAACCUGCUGCGUUAUCUGUCUUUUUUAUUUAACAUUUUGACAUAAUUAAAAACAAAGUAUUUAAAAAUCCA